AUGAAUACGGACUGGAUCCUUGACAGCGGCUACUUGCCCCAUGCUGUCAUUAGGAUAGGCAUCCGGCGGCAGCUCCAGGAGCGCCUCGACUCUAUCGCGAGCACGUCUCUUAGCCUUGACUACGAGCGCAAGAUGACUUUCAUCGAGAAGCUUCGCACCCAACCCAUCGCCAUCGAAACCGCCACUGCCAACAAGCAGCACUACGAGGUCGGCACCGGCGUUCUCGCUGCAUGUCUGGGACCCCGCAUGAAGUACUCGUCCUGUUUGUACCCUAAGGGCCGCGAGACGCUGGCUCAAGCCGAGGUAGCUAUGCUGCAGACCUACGUCGAAAAGGCCGAGUUGAAGGACGGCAUGAGUAUUCUGGACCUUGGGUUGGUCGCCUUUUCCAUUAUCCCGGUCACAGCCUGCCUUUUUCGAAGGGAGAGAAGCUGCGGUUGGGGAUCAGGUGCGCUCUAUUUCGCCGAAGUCCUCCCCAACUCCAAGGUCACGGCUUUUUCCAACUCAAAGACGCAAAAGGAGUACAUUGACGCCAAAGCCAAGGAGAAGGGGCUCACGAACCUCACUGUCAUCACCGGCAACGUAGUUGACUACGAGUUUGACCAAGAAUCGUAUGACCGAGUUGUCUCCAUUGAGCUGUUCGAGCACAUGAAGAACUAUGAGCUGCUCAUGGCUAAGGUCGGGCGGGCACUGAAACCUGGCGGCAAGUUGUUUGUUCACAUAUUUGCCCACAAAACCACGCCAUACGACUACGAGGAGGGCUGGAUGACGACUCAUUUCUUCACCGGAGGCACCAUGCCAUCCACUGACCUCCUCCUUUUCUUCCAGAGGGACCUCAAAAUCCAAAAGCAGUGGUGGGUCAACGGCCAGCACUACUCCAAGACAUGCGAGGAUUGGCUAAGCAAAAUGAUCGCCCACAAGAAGGAGAUUUGGCCGCACCUGGUCGAGACGUACGGUGAACAGGACGCCAGCGUGUGGUACAACCGGUGGCAGAUAUUUUAUAUGGCGUGCUCUGAGCUGUUCGCCUACCAAGGCGGGGAUACCUGGGGCGUGGCGCACUACCUCUUCGAGAAGCCCAGCAACUGA